CCGGUUCGAGCGGUCGCGCCGCGAUUCCGUUCAAGCCCGACACGGUUUUCUUAUCGUCUAUUGCACCGAUCGAAAUAUCGAAAACGUGCCUGUCAGUGCGUAAAAUUGCCGUGCGUCCCUCCGCGAGGAGAACGUUGAUUCGUGGGAAAAUUAUCCUACGUGACUUAUCUGUGCGAUGCACGUCGAGAUUGCGCGCGACUCGAGAACAAUCGAGAACCGGUCUGAUUCAUGAAAUGCGCGGCGACACGAUUUGUGAUAAGGAGCACUGAUCUCGUUCGAUCGCAGUGUGGGCAGUGUCGUGUUUAAAUGUCGCGAAGUGAGUAUGCUGAACCGUGAAAUAAGCGAUCGAUGAGAACACAAUGGAGAUAUCCACGUCGGAUCGAAGCGAGGACACGGAGAUAAUUUUGUAAAAAAGAGAAAUUCCGAAGUUUCCUUACCAAUUAAUUGUUCGAGACUAAUUAAGAAAAUUAUUUGCAGUGUAUCUCUUCGCUUCCUGACAUUUUGAUUGACGUGAAAGUUUGAAUAAUUCAAGCGUUUAUCGAGUGUUGAGGAUGACUCUGUAAUGAAGUAAUUAAUGAUUGAGAAUUAUCGGGAAAUUCAUUAGAAUAUAUAAAAUACUCGGAAUGAAUCCCGCAAUAAUCAUUCCAGGAAUGUUAAGUAUUUGAUGAUGACUUUGACCACACUAUUGUGAUUGAGUGUUAUGUGUUGCUUCUUCUUGCACGGCUAAAUGCCGGUGUUUCGUCACGUAAUUCGUGUAGAUUAAGUAGUUAUUUACGCGGAGAAAUCGAGUGCACUCGCGUAAGCCGCCUCACGUCUCCAUCAUUGGAUUGUCCGUCUAGCAGGUUCUCGGAAGGAGCGCAUUAUUGCAUGUGACAAUUCAAUUACAGCACACAUCCGGAAUUCUGACAAACGUAUGUCCGUUCCGGAUGCAUGAAGAAAGAUGACGCAUCUCGCAUUAUUUCUGCGGAGGCUGCCACUAGCAAUAGUACUGAUAGCGACAUGCACGACGAUAACGGAAUCGUCGACGGACCGGGAAAGGAGGCACGUCGGCACCGAGGGAUCUAGUCACCGAUCGGGCAAGGAGCACGCGUCGGGCACGAGCAGCACGAAAUCGAACAACGAAAUCACCGCGGAACCCGGAAGGAAAGUGUCCCACCAUCUGAUCGGGGGUCACCUAAGAGUCGAUACAAAGAGCCGCGACGGCGGCGAGCCGCUGUGGGACGAUGGAAUUCUCAUGUCGGCGGCCGGCAACGGCAAGGAGGGGAAGAACGUUCGCGGCGGCGGCGGCGGCGACGACGAGGACGAGAAGAAAACGCUCUCUCAGCAGGUCAAGGAGGGCAAGUACGGCCUCAUACAGAACGAGAUUUACGGCGAGCGGCCGAAGCGGCCCGGCAUCAUCAGCUACCUCGGCAAUCCCGAGGUGCCGAAGGACACGAUUGACAAUCUGGGUGGUCUCGGCGAGGAGGAGAUCUGGCUGGCCGAGAACCACGUGCUGGUGCUGAGAGGCGGCAACUUUCCCGAGCACGAGCAGGACGGCCAGCAGCAGACCGACGGCGGCGCGAACUGGCCGCCCAUCGACGAUUACAAGGCGCCCCAGCGGCAGGUCAAAAUCCCGGCGCGGCCGCGCGUACCGCCGCCCUUUCCGGUUCAGCUCACGGACGGCGGACCGGUACAGAUCAUCGGGCCGAACGGCACCGCGGAGAACAUCGGUAACAGCACGGCCUUCGACCACGGCGCGGAUCCUCUCUACACGAAGGGCGUAUUACCGGGGGAGGAUCCGUUCUUCGCUAUCACUCCGAACGGCACGGUGUUCGCGCCGGAUCUCGGCCCGCCGAGAAACGUCUCCGUAGAGGAGAAGUCGUCGAGAGGCAGCGAGCGCAAGGAGGCAAAGCCCGAGCUUCAACCGCCCGCCGGUUUCCCGCCGUUCUACCACGCUAUUCCGCCCGGCGCGGUCUUCGUGCCGCCGCCGAGCAAUCAGUCGGAUUACGACGAGGAGGAUCAGUCCAUCUACUAUCCGCCGCCGUACAGCUUCUAUUAUCCGCAAGAUAACACGACCGCUGUGCCGCCGGGCCCGCUGGUGCCCGGAAUCAUACUGCCCCCGCCGCCGGACUUCUUCUCCGCUCUGGACGACAAGAAGACCACCACGAAGAAGUACACGAAGCGACCGGAGACUACGCCGUCCUCGCCGAAGCAACGACCGACCUACUUGCCGCCGAGAAAGAUCACGACGAAGCAGUACAAGACUUCGACCGUCCUGCCGAACUCGGUGACCAAGAUAACGUCCUCCUCGUCGAUCACCACGAAGACGUCUUACGAUCGUAGCACGACGAUCAAGAACGCGACGAGCACGUUUGCGCCUAAGAGAACCGUGGAGAUCACGACGAAGACACCUGGUAAACCGCACACUCUCGAGAACACCGAGAAGUACACCAUCAGUCCGAUAAUCGGGAACCAGGUGUCCGAGGCGACGACCCAGCAGAAGGGCUGGUCCACCCUGACCAGCAAAACGAUCCCGGUUCUCGCGUAUUAUCCGUCGACCACGCAGCCGUCGUUGGAACGACACGUAGAGGUGACGCCGGCCUCCGUAAAGAGCAUCAUCACCACUAGUCAGCCCGGUCGGUCUUCGAGCCACGCGUCCUACUACUUCUACGAGGAGUCCACCGAUGAGAACUCGGGCGGCACGGCGAGCCCGCCGCCCGUUUAUUACGAAACCACCACCACGAAGCCGCCCUCGUACUACAGCGUCGAGGCGUCGCGACCUCAACAGGCCGAGCAGAAGAAGCAUUAUUACGCCGUCGAGACGAUCGCGCCGGUCGAGACGCCGACGAAGGACUACAAGGUGAAGCUUAUCGAUAGUAUCGUGAAGAAUUCGCACACGUUCCAGUACGCCGACGAUGCCGAGGUGACGAAAUUCCAGGCCGGCCCGCCUCGCGAUCAGGGCCAGCGUAUGCUGGCCGACGAAGCGCCUGUAUUCUACCAGCCCGCCGCGCGCCCGAAUCACGUCCCGUUGCAGACGUACUACACGACUCCGAAGCCUCAAACGUACUAUCGGCAGAGCACGAGGCCGAAGCCGAUUUAUCAGUACAGUUUCCAGAUAGCGGAUUACUCGAAACGCGGCAAUCAGGGAUCGCUGUAUCGCAGAGAGCAGCAGCCGCAGCAGCAGCAGAACGCGCAGUACAGCGAGUAUCAGGACAUCAAAUCCGGCAAUCAGCAGUACGAUUAUGAGGACAUCGAGGACUCGCCGCGGCAGCCGCCGCCGCCGCGGAAGCGCGUGCUGUACAAAACGCAGCAUCCGGUUUAUCCCACGAGCACCGCCUAUCCGAUCGUGGACACGACGUCGAAUCCGCAGCACGCGUACUUCACGCAACAGGAUGAGAAGCUGCUGGACGACGUUACGAAGGAAUACUUCACGAUCUUCGGCAAGAAACUGCCGGACGGGGGGAGCACGACACCGAUCUACGGCAAGUCGAGCAGCGUGACGGAGAAGCCCGCGCACGGCGUGAACGCUUACGCGCCGAACGUCUACAACACCGGUCAGCCGGUGACCUACAAGACGCCCAACGUCAAAGUGCACUACGGCGACCAGUCGGAGCGACCUUUCUCCCUCAAGGACGACACCCUCGUCAACUACCGCAGACCCCUGCCGCCGCUCGAACCGGAGAGCGAGUUCAUCGAGGUGAUCGCGCCUAAACCUCAGCCGCAGCCGUCGCCGUUGCCAAGCUACAGGCUGUCGGAAGGCUACCGAGUGCAGAAUCAGAGAGUUCAACAGCACAACAGACCGACCUCUCGCUACAGAUUGCCGGGAACGAUACAAACGACCAGCGGACACGCUAAUAACUUUGUGCCUCUCUCCGAGUCCCGGGAAGAGCUGGAGGAGGACGUUGGGGAACCCGCCUCGCUGUUCGAAGACAUAGACGUCAACUACAGGAAUCCGCGUCCACCCGUAAACCCCGACGCCGAAUUCAUCGAUCCUGUCACCGUGCAGGACAAUCCGAACGCGUACUUCGCGUACCGUUUGCCCGGCGACGUCGGUCACUUUUACUUCCUGACGCCGCAGGCGAUCACGCAACGGCAGGAUCAGAGCGGUGGAUACGUCUAUCCAAAGCCGAGGGGACCGCGAUUACGGAGACGCCCGGCUAACGUCUGAACGAGCGCGUUUCCUCCGGCAAUCGCGCGAUGCCAUAAUCUCGCGGACGUCCAGCGCGACCAAGUGAUCGUCUGCGUGCGUAUCGUGCCGCUAGCGCGCGACGCACGUGUAUUAUUAACAUAUUUAUUACAUUUGUAAAUAUGAAUUGACUAAGUUAGAUAAUUACAGUCACGUUGUUUUACGAGAAUUGCUUAAUUUAUUACGCAACCCGAUCCUCCCGCCUUAGAUAUAGAUAUGCGAUAUCAUACUGGCGCGGCUUGCUUGCACCGUCAAUAUCGACUUGCGCAUUAUCUGUGAUUAAAUGAUAGAAUUGUCACGUGUAUAUACAUAUAGUUUCUUUGGAUUUUUCUCCAUGUGCCGAAUAAAAUUAAAUAGAGGGAAAAAUUAAAUUAAAUAACAACUACUUGCGCAAAUCUCUACUGGCUUUACAAUACGAGUUGUAGAAAAUGUUUUAUAUAUCGAUUAGAAUGUAGUAUACAUAUUUCUCCUACUUGUAAUUCUUAGUGUCAUAUAAGAUAUUUUUAGAUUAAUAAAGAUCACGAUAUGUAUUUAA